UUUUGACAGAAGAUGCCAAUCUCAGUCAAUUUGUCGUGGCAAUCAACUCAAAUAUCCGACUUUACAACAUGGAAAUUAAGAAAGGCGUGAAUGAAGUCAGCGGCGCACAAUAUUACGCGCUAGUAAAUUUGAGUGACUCGCCUGUGACAAGACUUGCUGCUGAUUUUACACCUCUAGAGCUGGAGUUAUUCAAAAAGAUGAUGGACAUGAUUGUAUAUUCCGAUAACGGAAUUAUCUCGUCGAUUGAUGCCAUCAACCUGACGUCUGUCCUCGACAAGAAGAUGUCGAAGGACGCGGCGGAGAGUGUCGUACAGAGGCUGGCGAUCGACAAGUGGAUCAACGUGGAAAGGGGAGACGUGUCGCUGGCAGUUAGGGGGAUACUAGAGCUGGACCAAUACCUGAGGGAGACGUACGGUGAGCUCUUGCUCACUUGCAACAUGUGCAAGCAAAUAUGUCUGCAGACAGCCAGCUCCAGCUCCAAUCUCCCAGCGAGCCGCAUUCGCUGA